CUUCAGGGUGAUCGCACGUGACGUGACACCGUUUACGCGCGGGAAAAAGUGUGCUUUUAAAUCAAAAUCUUCGUCCUUAAGACCGGAGACGCGCAGCCAAUGUGAUUUAAAUAAUAACGGUAGAAGGUAUGCGGGCUCAAAAGAUACCCGCUGCCUUGCUACUGUUGCUGUUUGCAAUAGACUCGUUACACGCCAACCGAAGAAAACAAAAAGAAAAAAUCAUUCAACUGACAACAAAUAUUUGUGACAUAAGUGACCGAGAUUCCAAAGUACAUUGUUACUGUGAAAACAGUCAGGAAAUAAAUGAGGCAAUUAAAACAGAAUGCUGGGUAUUCAACGGUGGUAUAGACAAGUCGGAUCCUUUAUGGCCAAGCUUCACAUCGCAAUCAAAUAUAGAAACGUUGGCAUUUAACGUUCGAGCUGACGGAGGAUUAAAUUUCGUGCCAACAAAGGUGCUGAGAUAUUUGAGAAAGUUGAAGCAUUUCAGCAUAAAGUACAGCUCGAUAUUAAAAAUAGAAAGCAACACCUUUGUUAAUUUGACGUCGCUUCAAGAAAUGACAUUGACCAAAAAUCAAAUCGUUGUGCUCAGUAAACAUUCCUUUUACAACUUGCCUAACUUAACAUCACUUACUUUGGAUGAAAACAGAUUGAAAAAGAUUGAAACUGAUACUUUUUAUGAAUUGCCAAAUUUACAGAAAUUGUUUCUCACUAGUAACAAUAUUAGUGUCCUAGAAGAUGGAGCAUUUAGACACCUCAUCAAUUUGCUGGAACUUGAGCUGGACAGGAAUAAUAUAAGUGAUUUGAAGAAAGAAUGUUUUGAUGGACUUGCCAAUCUUAAACGUCUAGAUCUAAAAAGAAAUAAAAUAUCCAUACUCAAUUCAUUUACAUUCAUAGAGCUCUGGAAUCUUCAAGAGUUGAUGUUGGAUUAUAAUGAUAUUUAUAUAUUAGAGCAACGCACAUUUGAUGGAUUGUCGCAAUUAAAAAAAUUGAGCUUAAGUCAUAAUAAGUUGGUAACCCUGACCGAUGGCUUGUUUGAAGGUGUUCGAGGAUUAUCGGCUUUAGAUUUAAGGCAUAACAAACUAAAGAGAUUCACGUUAGAGAACUUACGUCCAAUUUAUGAUAAUCUAAAAUCUCAGAAAAGUUUUAUCUAUCUAGAAGAGAACGACUUUGACUGCGAUUGUCACCUGGCGUGGAUGCAUAAGCUACGACACGAAGCGAAGAGUAUUAAAGUACGAACGUCUUUAGAAAAUUUUGUCUGUAAAUUUAAUACUGAUACAGUGAUAAGUUCACAUUUGACUUAUUACGAAAGAAUGAAUAUCGAGAGUAAUGUAGAGGAAGAAAAAAUACGAAACGAUUUGAAUAAUGACGAAUUUAAUGAAGACACCGAUGAUGUUUAUGUGGAAGAACCGAAAAGGGUAAAAGCUGAUAACGAGAGGACUUUACUUCAGAUUCCAGUAGAAUUACUUCCUUGCCCUGCGCAAGUUAAAACUGUCACAGAUAGGACAUACACAUACCCAUCGCAAAACGAAGCCAAAGAUUACAGAAACUUAAUUCUCUCGUCUUCAAUAACAUGUUUUUAUAACAAAGUAUUAAUCGUUGUACUUUUGUUGUUGUUGAUGUUUGAAUAAAUAUAUCUGAAGUUCUAAGCUUGUUUGUUUGCAUCAAAGCUGUGUUUAGAUACAAUUAAAACAUAUAUGUAUAUUCUUAUUGCAAAAUUAUUAUAUACAAUUUUAAUAUGAUUAUUUUACAUUGCUAUAGUUAAUCAAAUAUAUAAUUAAAUUGAAUACUAAUUUUCCUUUUUAUUGCAAUUGUCGAGAAAACAUGCGAUGUUUUCCGAUACUUAAAAUAAAUUCAUAUCAUAUGAAAAGAAAUUUAAUCAAAAUAAUUCGAAACUCUUCUUAUUUAAGGGUGAUACAAUAUGUCAAAAUAAAAAUUUUUUUUCUUGUUUGCAUGUAUUCGUAAUUAAUAAAUUUUACAUACAAUUUUACAUACACUUUCUAAAAUGUAUUUCAUAACUUCGAAUAUAUCACGCAGCCACCUUUGAUAUGUACAAUAGGUAACAUUUGUAGAAAUAUAAUCGCAAAAUUUAAUAGAUAGUGCAUUUAAAUGUCACACAAUUACAAAAUUUAAACAUUAAUAUUUGUAAGUAUUGUACAUAUACAUAAGAUUUGUAAAGAAAUGUGAUAUAAUAAUAAGUUAGAACGUUUUACAAUUUUGUUUUAAUUGUUUUUU